CCCCGGCCCCCCGGGCCCGCCGUUCUCAGCCCUCCAGCGCCUGAGGGAAACUCUGAGGGCGCAGAGGGCCGCAAGGGCCAUGCGCUGGCAGCUUCUCUGCCCUGGGACUGGGCUCCACCAUGGCCCCCGGGAGGGGCUAGCGCUUGGGCCCUGAGCUGGUGAGGUUCCACCCGGCCGAGGAAGAAGAAGGCGCGGCCCCCAGCCCGAAGAGGGGGUCCGGGUCCCAACUCGGCGAGACCACAAGAUGCCGGUGCUGAAGCAGCUGGGCCCCGCGACCCCCAGGAAGCGGCCGGAGCGCGGCGCGCUGUCCAUCUCGGCGCCGCUCGGGGACUUCCGACACACGCUGCACGUGGGGCGCGGCGGCGACGCCUUCGGGGACACGUCGUUCCUGAGCCGCCACGGCGGGGGCCCGCCCCCCGAGCCCGGUGCGCCCGCCCGGCCUCCGCCCGCCGCCCCGCAGCCCCCGCCGGCCGACCCGCUGCUGUCCUUCCACCUGGACCUGGGCCCUUCCAUGCUGGACGCCGUGCUGGGCGUCAUGGACGCGGGCCGCCAGGGGACGCCCGCCGCCCCGCCCCCCGCGAGCGCCCCGUGCCCCGCCAGGGGCCGCUGUAGCCCCCCUCACCGCACAUAAACUGCCCGCCUGCC